CGCGGUGCCAGGCAGGAGCGGAGGCGGGGCGGGGCGGGCCGGUUGCUAAGACUUGGUGAAGCGCAGCGCUCGCGCCCGUCUCCCUCACGUGGAUCGUGGCUUUAGCCACGCUCUGUCAGCCGCUGCAGACAUGUCAGAAAAGGAAAACAACUUCCCACCGCUGCCCAAGUUCAUCCCCGUGAAGCCCUGCUUCUACCAGAACUUCUCGGACGAGAUCCCCAUCGAGCACCAGGUCCUGGUGAAGCGCAUCUACCACCUGUGGAUGUUUUACUGUGCCACCCUGGCGGUGAACCUUGUCGCCUGCCUGGCCUGGUGGAUCGGUGGCGGCUCUGGGGCCAACUUUGGCCUGGCCUUCGUCUGGCUGCUGCUCUUCUCGCCCUGCAGCUACGUGUGCUGGUUCCGGCCCGUCUACAAGGCCUUCCGGGCUGACAGCUCCUUUAACUUCAUGGCGUUUUUCUUCAUCUUCUGGGCCCAGUUUGUCCUCACCGUCAUCCAGGCCAUCGGCCUCUCUGGAUGGGGCGCGUGGUGCACGGGAUCUACCGAGGGGCCGGCGGAAGCUUCCAGAAGGCACAGACGGAGUGGACCACAGGCACGUGGAGGAACCCGCCAUCGCGGGAGGCCCAGUACAACAACUUCUCGGGGAACAGCCUGCCCGAGUACCCCACCGUGCCCAACUACCCCGGCGGCGGCGGCCAGUGGCCCUGAGGGAGCCGGCUGGCCCUGCCCCCUGCCCUUGCGACCGCCUCCACCCACCCUCCCCCACGUUGUCAAUGCCACCGCUGCCCAGGUCCAUGGGGCCUUGAGCGUCCAUCCCCGCAGGCUCCCCAGGAGGCAAUGCCACUCUUUCUCCAGCAGGCUGGCAGGGGGGCCGGUGGAUUGGGUCCCCCAGCCAGGCCAGUGGACAUGGGAGGUCUGCUGGGGCUGUGUCACAUUCAUCUCACUUCCAAGAGCAGAUCUUGCUCAGCACUACCUGGGGAUUCCCAGCCUGUGCCCUCUGGGCAGGGGGACCCCCGUUCCCUACAACACUCGCCAUCUUGUCCCUGCGUGCAGCCCUUUCCCUCCAGGUUGUGGGGGCUUGACUGGUGGGACCCCCACAGCGGAGGUGGUAGCAGGCUGGCCUCUGUCCUCCUUUCAGAGCUGAGAGACCCCCCCAGCCCCGCACUCACCGUCUAACCUUGCCCACAGAGACCCCACUUGGCUUCGAGCCAGGAGGAGACCUGGUGGGUGGCACCAGGCCCCCUGUGGGUGGCAGAAAACUUGGUUGAUGGCCUCUUGUCCCCUGGGGCCCCUGCUACCCACAGCCAGAGCGCCAGUGUGAACCAUCCCCCCAUCUUUCCUGCCUGCUGUGCCAGGCCACUGGUCCGCACACAUCCAGUACCCCACUCGCGUCCUGUGAUUGACACACCCUCCCCAGAUAACUGACAGGUUGCAGGACUUGGGGGGUCAGGUUGUGGGGCAGAGUCUCCCCACUCAGACCAGGAACUUUCUGGAUUCUGACUCAGAGUGAAUCACUUUGUGGAGGAGACAUCUCCAUCCAGGCAGGAAGCAUGGGGACUGGAGUUUCUCAGGAGACAGUUUUCCCAGACUCUUUCAGGAGAACAGCCUCUUGAAACAAGAAUUCGUGAGCCUGUGCUUUAUCGAGGAAUUUAAACCUGGUGUCGACUGUAGGCGUCUUUUUCUGUUCUUCUUCCAAUUCUCACUCCAUCUGACAUGGCGUUGACUGCGUGGAAGGGAAGCAUGUCUUGUAGGAUUUCUACAGCACCGUUGGGAACAGGUGGGGCAGACAGAACCCUUUCCCAAUAACCUUUUAACACUCGUUGCCAAGCCCUUCUGUACUGUUUGCGAGAGCGGGUGGUGCCCCCAGCACUGCCCUUCCUAACUGCCCGUCCCAACACACACUUCCCGGGGCCAGAAGCCCCCCAAGCCACUCAGCAUCCAAAGGUGGCCAGGCUGUUGUCUGAAAAUGAGAGGGGUGCGGGACCCACUGGGUGUCCAGGGAUGGUCCAGCGGCUUCCUGCCAGAGGCACGCAGCUCACACACUCACAGCUCAGUGCUGCUGCGACCUUCCAACACCACAGUGCCAGAGUCGAGCCGACCUGGCGUGGGAGGUGCGCCUUUGGGGGUGCUAACAAACCCUCGCCUCUACUUCUGUGUUCUGCACUCUCGUUAAUGUUGUUUGUUACAUGAAAAUAUGCUGGAAAUAAAUAAGUUCUUUUUCUGCAUCACACUGACUGGGGCGGGC